ACUCGGAACCUGGAUGUUCACUUUUUCCUGCAAAUCGAACCAUUUCGGGACCCUGGUCCGCGCGGCGCUGAGCGGGCGGAGGGCGAGGACCCUGCCACCCGCCCCUCCUGCAGAAUGCCUGAGGGCCCCGAGCUGCACCUGGCCAGCCACUUUGUGAAUGAGGCAUGCCGGGGCCUGGUGUUUGGCGGGGGUGUGGAGAAGUCUUCCAUCAGCCGCAACCCCGAGGUGCCCUUUGAGAGCAGUGCCUACUGCAUCUCGGCCUCAGCCCGCGGCAAGGAGCUGCGCCUGACGCUGAGCCCUCUGCCUGGGGCCCAGCCCCCACAGGAGCCACUGGCCCUCGUCUUCCGCUUCGGCAUGUCCGGCUCCUUCCAGUUGGUGCCCAGAGAUGAGCUGCCACCCCAUGCCCAUCUUCGCUUUUACACAGCUCCACCUGGCCCCCGGCUCGCCCUGUGCUUUGUGGACAUCCGCCGAUUCGGCCGCUGGGAUCUUGGGGGCAAGUGGCAGCCGGGCCGAGGGCCCUGUGUCUUGCUGGAGUACGAGCAGUUCAGGGAAAACGUGCUACGAAACCUAGUGGACAAAGCCUUUGACCGGCCCAUCUGCGAGGCCCUCCUGGACCAGAGGUUCUUCAAUGGUAUUGGCAACUAUCUGCGAGCAGAGAUCCUGUUCCGGCUGAGGAUCCCCCCCUUCGAGAAGGCCCGAACGGUUCUGGAGGCCCUGCAGCAGCGCAAGCCGAGCCCAGAGCUGACCCUGAGCCAGAAGAUCAGGGCCAAGUUGCAGAACCCGGACCUGCUGGAGCUGUGCCACUCAGUGCCCAAGGAAGUGGUCCAGCUGGGGGGCAAAGGCUACGGGCUGGAGAGUGGGGAGGAGGACUUCAUUGCCUUUCGAGCCUGGCUGCGGUGCUAUGGCGUGCCAGGCAUGAGCUCCCUGCGGGACCGGCACGGCCGCACCAUCUGGUUCCAGGGGGAUCCUGGACCCCUGGCACCCAAAGGGCGCAAGUCCCGCCACAAGAAAUCCAAGGCAACAGGGCCGAGUCCUGAGGACAGAGCGAAGAACCCUCCACCUCCAAACAAGGCCCCUUCCAGGACACGAAGGGCUUGGAGAGACCUUCCUGAGAAGACUGCACCCCAGCAGCCUGAGGGGACCAGCCUCCAUCAGGACUCAGAAGCUCCCACAGUCCCUGAGAAAGGGAGGAGGAAGGGGCGACAGGCCACCCCUGGCCACCGCAGAUCUCGGAAGAUUAAGGCUGAUGCUCCACCCUUGGAACCGGAGGGGACCUCAGCCUCUUAGCAGGAGGGUCUCCUUGCUUACCUGCCGUCUUGCCCCGAACCUGGGGGCCUGUCUGAAUUCCUAGAAGCAGGCGGCAUCUCAAGGGGGCCGUAUGCUUCAGGCCCAGUGGCUGUUCCCUGCACAACUGGGAUGUUUUUAAUUGUACCCAACCUUCCAUAUUUUUAAAGCCCAUGUGAAAAAUGCUGUAUUUUUUAUAAACCAAUAAAUGUGAA